AUGAAGGCCGUCAUUUCCCUUACCCUGCUCGCCGCCGCCGCGUCGGUCUCCGCUUUCACAAUUGAGUUCGUAAACAACUGUGAUUACACUGUGUGGCCCGCCGUCGGAAAGGCGCCAAACGGUGUUCCCGAUACCUCGGUUGCUUACGGCGUCGAGCUCGAAGCCGGAGACUCCCAGAGCUUCAGCGUCGACGAUACUGAGACCGGUAUUCGCGCUUGGGGCCGUACCGGGUGCGAUUCUAACGGUGAUAACUGCCAAACCGGUGCUUGUGUCGGCGGUCUCGUCUGCACCGACGCCGGAAUCACCGCCGGCGUCAUCCUCAGCGAAUUCGGCUACGCCGACUUCGGCACCGAAUGGGGCGGCGAACGCACCUCCUGGGAUCUCUCCAUGGUCGACUCUGACCUCAACAUCGACACCUCGCUCACCGUGUCGGACGGUCAAUCCGUCAGCUGCACCAGCUGCGACUGUUCGUCCGAUGAUGCGUACACGAGUUCCACGGAUUAUUCGGCGGAUCGGAAUUCGGAUUUGGGAUUGACGUACACGCAUACGUUCUGUGCUUAG